AUGCGCCGCGCACUCCUCAGUUCGUCGGACGUGUCCGUCCUUGCCUCCAUGGCCAUCGUGAUUCUCUGCACGCUCGCCCUCUUCCUCAGCGGCUACGCCAUCCAACAGCGCACGCUGCGCGACCUGCGCGCCGCCAUACGGCCCCGCGAAACGCGACCCUCGCCGAAAGCGCACCUGCCGGACCGGUUCCGCACGACGACUACGGAGCUCGAGGACGGAACCGUGGUCCUGGUUGAGAGUGACGCGGACAAGGAGGCCAAGGAGGUGGAGCAGCUCGUCGCGACGGCGCAUAUGCCCGAAGACGAAAAGGCGUCACACGAGGUGAAAUCAGACAACGCGCAAGAGAAGCAGCGCCAUCGGCAGCGCCAUCGGCAGCAGCAGCAGCAGCCGGCGUCACGAAAGGAAAACGCCGGUCCCGUAUCGGAGCGCCAGCGUUCCAUCAUUGCACAGCUACAAGCCGACGUCGCGGCCAAAUCAUGGGGCGUCGAGCACCCCGACCCGCUCAAGAAGUCCAAGGUGCCCAUCACGCGCGCCGAGCGACGCCGGCUGAUCAAGGAGGAGAUCCAGCGGCUCGCGCAGUCUGAGCAGCGCGUAUACUACCAGCGCCGGCUGUGGUGA